AUGGACCCCAACUGCUCUCGCACCACUGAUGACUCCUGCACCUGCGCAGGCUCCUGCCCAUGCCCAAACUGCAAAUGCCUCGCCUGCAAGAAGAAUCGCUGCUCCUCCUGCUGCCCUGUGGUCUAUGCCAAGUGUGCCCAGGGCUGUGUCUGCAAAGAGACAUCAAACAGGCGCAGCUGCUGUGCUGAUGUGGAACGACCCUGCUCCCGGGUGUACACAGAGUGA